AUGGCCAACCGAGAGGACCCGCUGGCCUACGGCCACUAUUACGGCCAAGACGGGACUCGUGGCGGUCAAGGUGAAAGCACAAGGGGUUUUGUUGGAGAUACUUUCAAGAAGCUCAAGGAAACCUAUAAGACCCAUCAUUCGCAACAGGGAGCUCCCAGGCCCCAGCAGCCUCAAGGUCCCCAGUCUCAGCCCCAAGGCUCCAACCAAGACUACUAUGGCGGUCAGAACUACAACGAGCAGAGCUCAUCGCAGAACACAUACGGCCGCCCCCCUCAGCCCCAGUAUCAAGAUAACAAUAAUAAGCCUCAGGGCAAGCCACCCAAAGAAGAUAAGCUCUCCGGACUGUUUGGUAAGAUCCAGGGCGCUGUUGCAGAAAUCGGAACCGAUCUCGGUCAGCGCAUAGGAACCGCGCUCGACCCAGAGGCGUAUGCCGAAUAUGGACAGGUAAAGCCACAGACACAGCACAGAUUCGGCAGUUUCGCCCCGGACAGACAAGGCAACGACGUUAAGUGGUAUGUGGACGGAUGCUCCUACUUCUACGCUGUUUCAAAAGCGCUAGAGAGCGCAAGAGAAUCAAUUUGGAUCUUGGACUGGUGGCUGUCGCCCGAGCUUUACCUGAGACGACCUCCCACAAAGAAUGAACAAUACCGAUUGGAUAGGAUGCUGCAGUCAGCAGCGCAACUCUCGUCUCAUCAUACCAAGCACUGUCUUGAGGACCUCCACCCAAAUAUUGCCGUGUUCCGCCAUCCCGAUCAUCUGCCGGACCGUCAAAAUUUGGCCCAAGAUAUCUCUGCGUCUCUUCACAAUUUGUCUUUGGAUGCAAAAAGCCUCGUCCAGAUGUCUGGAGAUGCCAUCAAAAACAUCUACGGAAUGCACGACGAUGUUGUUCUUUACUGGGCGCACCACGAAAAGCUCUGUGUCAUCGAUGGCAGGAUUGCAUUCAUGGGAGGUCUAGAUAUGUGUUUUGGCCGUUGGGAUACAAACCAGCACGCACUCGCCGAUGUCCACCCGGAGGACGUAAACGAGAGCGUGUUCCCAGGCCAAGACUACAACAAUGCAAGGCCUCCCGCAUGUUGGUCUGAUAUCUCUGUGAGCUUGCACGGCCAUGUUGUGGAGGAUUUGCGGCGACACUUCGUCGAACGUUGGAACUUUAUCUACGAUACGAAGUAUAACUCGCGCAAGGAUGCGAGAUACUCCAAGCUCGCAUUGUACGGUCGACCCAGCUCGUCGAACCGCCCACAGCAGCCUGGUGCUCAGCAGCAACAGGGUACAUCUCCCCGACCUAGUACUAGCAGUCAGGGAGCAUCUAGCUACCAGCAACCUCCGGCAUCGCCACAGCCGGGUCUGUCGGCCCAGCCCCAGGCACAGACAGCGGGUAACCAAGCCUACCAGCAAUCGGCAACUUCGCCGCAACCUGGCCUUUCAAGCUACUUCACUGCCUCUACAGCGAGUAACCAAGCCGCGUCUACUCUCCAGCAGCCUGUUUCUGGCUCCUCGCAGUCUACGGGUACCACCCAGAACUAUACUUACACUGGGCAAUCUUUCCCACCACCUCCUCCUGGGCCGCCACCAUCUCAGAGCCCUGUCCCAUCUCAGACACCCACUCAGGGGCAAAGCCAAACGCCGUAUUAUGCUCCCCCUCCAACCCACGAGCAAGCGGGACAAGACCAACCACCGCAGUACGCAACCCACACUCCUCUCCCGACCCAGGAGAAGCCACACUCUCAAAGUGCGACUCAAGGACAGGGCCAACCACCGCAAUAUACAGCCUACCCGGCCCAGGGGCAGUCACACUCUCAUAACGCAACUCAAGGACAGGGCCAGGCAUCGUACUAUGCUCCUCCCCAGGGGUCGUCGUAUUCUCAGGCACCUACACAGGGACAAAGCCAAGCACCAUACUUCCCUCCUCCUCCAACCCAGGAGCCGGCACACUCUCAAGCCCAAGCUCAAUCACAAGGUCAAGCGCCACAGUACGCAGCCUAUACUCCUCCCGCAACCCAGGAGCCAUCGCACUCUCAGACACGUGGCAUUGAUGACCAUUACGAGGGCACCCGCGGACACGGUGACAGGGAAAGAGGUUCGGGACUCAUCCCCCGUCGUUUCCGAGAUGAGUUCACUCAGUACUCGAAUGUUCUUCGCGGCCAAUUGGCUGGUCAAGUGCAUCAGUACCAGGAUCGUCUGAGCUCAUUCGGACAACCCUCCCAGCCUCGCGGCAACAUGUGCUGUCAGAUUGUCCGUAGCUGUUCUAAGUGGAGUAAUGGCACACCUACCGAACAUUCAAUUGCCGAUGCGUACUCUGCGAUUAUCCGGAACAGUGAACACUUUGUGUAUAUCGAGAAUCAGUUCUUCAUUACAGCUACUGGCGACGCCCAGAAGCCGGUCAAGAACCAGAUCGGUGCUGCGAUCGUCGAGCGUAUUUUACGGGCUGCACGUGCCGGCGAGAAGUGGAAAAUGAUUGUUGUGAUUCCCUCUGUUCCCUGCUUUGCCGGCGACCUGGCAGAUGACUCUACUCUCGGCACCCGGGCUAUCAUGGAGUUCCAGUACAACUGCAUCAACCGUGGGGGAAACAGUAUCAUGGAGCUGGUUGCUAAAGAGGGAUACAACCCUAUGGAGUAUAUCCGGUUCUACAAUCUCCGUAACUACGACCGAAUCAACGUCAGCGGUUCGCUCGUGCAAGCCGAGCAGAGGAGUGGUGUCGACUAUGAAGAUGCUCGCAAACAGCAUGACGUCAAUGUUGUUGGACAGGGUGGCUAUGGUCCAGGAGCUCCCGCUCCUCGAAGCGCCUUCGAUACCACGGCUCCUUUCCAGCAGUAUCAGCAGGGUGCUCGCCAGGUUCCUGGCACCAAGACUGGCUCUGGACGAUGGAACAGCGUCAGCUCGUGUUACAUGCUUAAUGGAGAAGAUAUCCGUAACGUUCCUUGGGAUGGCCCUCCUGAGGCUGAGAUUGACGCGUUUGUAACUGAGGAGCUCUACGUUCACUCGAAGGUCAUGAUUGCCGACGACCGCGUGGUUGUCUGCGGUUCUGCCAACUUGAACGACCGGUCUCAGCUUGGUGAUCACGAUUCUGAGAUUGCGAUUAUCAUUGAGGACUAUACUCCUCUGCAGUCCACCAUGAAUGGCAAGCCCUGGACGGCUAGCCGGUUUGCAUCUUCCCUGCGUCGCCAGCUGUUCCGCAAGCACCUUGGCCUUCUGCCACCACAGGACUACCAGCGCCCCGAUGCCAACUCCGAGCCGGUUGGUGUGCCCAACGACUUCGACUUUGACGCUCCUGAGAGCCGGCUUGUGGCAGACCCAUUGGCGGAUACCCUCCAUAACCUCUGGAACAGCCGGGCGAACACGAACACUGAGGUAUUCCGCAAGGUGUUCCACUCCGUUCCGGAUGACUCCGUACGCAACUGGUCCACGUAUAAGGAGUUCUAUGGGUACUUCUUCAACAAGGCGGACAAGCAAGCGUAUGGCGAAGAAAGGGAUUCGCCACCCGCCCGGUAUCGGUAUGGACACGUUGUGCGGGAUGACUUCCCGGGUGGUCCGGAGGGAGUUCGGCAGGUCAAGGAACUGCUCAGUAAGGUCAAGGGUACGCUCGUGGAGAUGCCAUUGAUGUUCUUGAUUGAAGAGGACGUUGCGAAGUCGGGUUUGGCAUUGAACGAUAUUACGGAGCCGCUUUACACAUGA